AUGUACACAUACCACAUGAAACCAACCUCAAAAGCUUCUGCCGCUCUUUUAAUCAGCUAUUUAAGUAUAUCCACUACGUUGCCAUUUAUCUUGUCAUAUAAGGAAUCCAUGUUGAAUCUAAAUCAAGAAAGUAAAGGUACAGCCUCAUUUAGGUCGCUUUUUACAAAGAUAUAA